UCAGAUCAGAGUGGAACCUCACCAAUCUUCAAUAUUUAAUUAUGGAAAAUAACUUGUUCAGAGGGGAACUCUCAGAUGGAAUUCUUAACAGCUCUCAUCUAGAGCUACUGUUCCUAAGCAAUAAUUUGAUCUCAGGAAAUAUUCCAGAGUGGAUGGGAAACUUUUCAUCGUUGGGGUACCUUCGCUUGGCUGAUAAUUCAUUAGAAGGUUCAAUCCCAUUAAGUUUCUCCAGAUUACAACAGUUGAAAUUGCUUUACCUUUCGGGGAACAAUCUUCGUCAAAUACCACCUGGUGUUUACCUUCCAUCCCUGACAUAUUUGCAUCUUGCAGACAAUGAACUUGAUGGACCUCUGCCCAGUUUUAUUUCCAGAUUAUCUUCUCUUGUAUCUUUGGAUGUUAGGCAUAACAAAUUGUCAGGAAGAAUUCCUAGCUGGAUAAGCUCAGUCACAGAUUUAAGGACUCUUCUCUUAAAGGGAAAUAGUCUCGAAAGCCCAAUCCCUGCUGAACUGUGCCAGCUCAAAAACAUCACCAUACUAGACCUUUCAUUCAACAACCUUUCUGAAAAGAUACCUCUUUGCCUCUGCAGCAUGCCCUUUGGGAAGAAAAGGCCACUUCCCAUUGAUGGAGCCUUUUCAUCGUAUGUAUUCCGGUGGUCGAUGCCAAGCAUAGUGGCAUAUGAAUAUGUGGGUCUGUUUGGACUGUUUGAAUUUGCUACAGCACCAAUUGUGAGGUCAAGUUAUUCAGAAACUGUGCCAUUUUUAACAAAGACUAGGUCCAAUUCCUUCAGAAAUUGGUUACCUUGGUGACAUUCACACUUUGAACCUGUCACACAAUUAUUUCAAUGGAUCAAUUCCAACAACACUAUCCAGGUUGAAAGAAAUACAAAGUAUGGAUUUGUCCUACAACAGGCUCACCGGUGAAAUUCCAUCUGAACUGAUAGCUCUGAACUUUCUAUCGGUUUUCUCAGUGGCUCACAAUAACUUAUCAGGUAGGACACCAGCCAGGGUUGCCCAGUUCGGUACAUUUGAGAAGCAGAGCUAUGAAGGUAACAAUUUUCUUUGUGGAACACCGCUUCCUGAUUGUGGUACGAACAAUACCAAAUUACCCAAACUAAAUGAUGAAGGAACAAAUGAUUCAUUCAUAGUUGCGUUUCGAUGGAGCUUUCUUGGAUCAUACAUUGUGGCAUUUCUGGGUGUUGUUGCUUACCUAUACUGCAGUCCUUAUCAUUCCAUGCUGCUUUAUGAAUUCAUUGCAGCAAGAUUCAGGACUUGCGUUUCACCUUUUAGAAGGCGCUGAUUCUGCAUAUUAAGACAGAUAUUCUUGGACAUCUGGUGUUAGCCUAUUUGACUGGAACUUUGCUGCAGCUAAUCUCCCUCCAUGCACUCUUGAACUACUUGGCAGCCAUUCUAAAAGUUCAUCUUACUAUUUUCUUGGUUUUUGAAUUGCGAUGGGUUACAUUGAAUGAAGCAUCUAAAGUUUUCAAUUAACUUGGAUUUGCCUCCCUUUGUUUUUGAAUUCUUAUUGUGGUUUGUUGUCCCAAAUUUCAGCUUUAAAAUUUUGUUUCAUUCUCACCAGUAAACCACUGCUGGAGUUAGUUUUAAGGUUGGGACU